ACUACAGUAGAGGGAAUACAUGUUGGAUACGAGUUACGAAAGUGUCAGGUCUCGUUGCUACCAGCUUGACCACUGCUUCUGUCGGGUUUCAAGAUUUUCCGUCACUAAGAAAUUGUAGUGAUUUGUAAUACAAAAUACCGGAAAGACGAAGCCGGUACAGUAGAUGUUGGUGCCGUGGUUGGCUCAUUCGCGGUGAACCGGGUGACACGAUAACCUUCGAUGGAUACUUGGUAAUCACAUUUAUAUUCUUAAUAAUAUCUGAUAGUAUGCAUCAACACUAGGAAAGUUUUUUUCUGUGAAAAGGAAACAUUUUAAUCAUUGUAGAUGACAGACUGUGUUAUGCAGCGAGUGUUAGAUCUCGCUUUAUACAUGUUUAAACGAAGCAGUUAUACGACCCACGAAGCCUUCCUGGAGAAUUUUUCAAAAUUGUGGUUUUUGGCAACUUUGGUUACGGCUGAUGAGGUUAAUUUAGAUAGAAACUUGCUUCUACCUCCAAGGUCACCAGUUACUGUUAUAACAGUGUACGAAGACGACAGAGUUGGUAUAUCAAUUUUUGUACUCAUGCCUGGUGCUAAAUUACCUUUACACCGACAUCCCAAGACAUAUGGUCUUCUUAAAGUUUUAUCCGGAAGAGUUAAAAUACAAGCAUUUAAUGUACUCUCCCCUAGUGCACAGAAGAAAAUAAGAGAAGAAAAGUGUAUCAACAAGAAAGCUUUACUGGUUGAGAAACUUGAAGAAAUCUAUGCAGAUGAGUCUAGUGGGCCAAGAAUAAUUACACCUGGCAAUAAAAAUUGCCAUGAAAUAUAUAGUGAUUCUGGCCCUGCUGCCAUUAUUGAAAUAUUAUCUCCUCUCUAUGAUGAUCUGAAACCCCAAGCCAGUCAGCCAACUUUGGAGUGGAAAUUUUAUUCUCACACUCCUGUGAGGGUGCGAUAUCUGCCUCAUGCUGAUAAACAUAUCACCAUACUCCACCGAAUAGAAUCGCCAGCUGAUUUUUAUAUGGAUGCUGCUCCAUAUCAUGGACCACAACUUAUCAGAACAGUGGGAAAUAAAUUGUUCCCAAUCUUCGAUAAAUACUUCUUUACUGCUAUUUCCUGUUCAUCAAUUGCUGGUCAUAGGGCAGCAGUGGUGCAGGAGCUAUUUGAUGUUUUAAUU